UUUCUUUAAAAUUAGGAGUGAUAAUAAGUUUUGUCAAAAUUUUAUAAUGAGUGUUCAAUUUGGACUUAAUUCUUCAAGAAAUAAGGAUAUUUCUAAUAAAAAUAUAAGAAAGAAUCUAAAUGCUUUUUCUUCAGAAGAAAACCAGGAGAAUAAUGAAGAAUUUUCUGAAAAUUCAACAAAAAUGGUGAAUAAAGAAUUAAAUCUAUAUUAUAUGAAUUCAAGCAAGAAAGAGAAGGAAGAAGAAGAAGAAAUUGAUUCAUCUAUUUAUGCAUAUGAUGAGAUAUAUGAUGAGAUGAAAGAGGCACAAAAAAAGAGGAGAAAAGAAACAGAUGAAGAUAAAGAGCAAAGAAAACCAAAAUAUAUGGAUAAAUUUUUUGAAUUAGCAUCUGUAAGAGAAAGAGAUAGAUUAAGAGCUCAAGAGAAAAUGCUUCAAAUUGAAAGACAAGCAGAAGGCGAUAUGUAUAAAGACAAAGAGAAAUUUGUUACGGAGGCAUAUAAAAAGCAACAAGAAGAAUUGAGUCGUUUUGAAGAAGAAGAAAACAGAAAAGAAGCUUUUAUGAGGAAAAAAUCUAAGGGAAUAGCUUCUUUUUAUCUUAACAUGCUUAAAGAAGAAGAAGAACAUCAUAAUGAAGUUAUUGAAGCAAUCUCUAAAUCUAAUAAAGUUUUAAAAAGUGAUCAAGUUUCAAAGGAAAAGACAUUGGAAGAAAUAGCAAAAGAGUUGAAUGAGAAAGGUAUUAAUGUGACUAUAAAUGAUGAUGGAGAAAUUGUAGAUAAGAGGCAACUUCUAUCAGCAGGACUUAAUGUAGUUAAAAAAUCUACAAAAGUAUCACAAGAAUAUUUAAACACUAGAAAAAGUGCUCAAAAUCCAAAAUUUAUUUCAAAGGCUCAUGAAAGAGAGAAAAGAGAAAAAGAGUUACUUUUAAUUCAGGAACAGAUUAAACAAAUGGAAAAAGAAAGAGAGGAAGAAGAACGUCGGAAAUAUGAAGAAUUGGUUAUUAAAAGUCAACAAAAAAGAUCGGCGGAGGAAAUUAAUAAGAUAAAAGAAAGAUAUUUAAAAAGAAAAGCAGAAUCUUUAGAAAACCUUUAAAUACAAUUAUAAUUUGAUAAAUUUAAUAUAUGGCUUGGU